AUGCCCUCGUCAGGAUUUGAACCCGAGACCUACCCUAUCCAGUUCUCUACUAGUCUUAACAACAACUCCAAUAUCAACAUCCCUGAGUUCAUCUCGAUGGUUGAUAGCAUCCUCAACUCGAUCAAACACAAUCCCACCGCCACAGUUGGUGAUAUCCACACCAGGAGCAUCCACAUAGCACGCGAUAGACCUAUAAAGCUUGAUAUAGACUUCAACAACAAGUAUCAUCUCAUAAGUAUUCCUUAG